AUUUUGCUAAUGAGGAUGCACUUAUUUGGCAUGAGGCAAACAUACCAUAUGCAGUCUGGGGACCUACCAGUACUAGAACACGGUCAUUAACAUACUAUCCGUCAGAGGCUCUCAAGCAUAAUGGCUCUUUGUAUGCUCAUGUUUACUUCGCCCGUUCGGGUUAUCCUGUGGACCCUACAGAUCCAAAAUAUGAGCAGAAAUCUUCGUUUGGGAGGACCCAUCCUGUUGUGGCAUUCUUGCCAAAAUCAAAAGCUGGUAAAAAGAAGAGCUUGCUUGGAGAUUCAGAAGAGCCUGAAGAGAAAGCACCGCAUAAUAAGGAGAAUAAAGAAUAUGAGGAUAAAGAUGAGGGUCUGACUGAAUAUAUAUCUUAUUUUGGAAUGGUGGUAUCUAUAGUAGAGUUGUGGAGGCUAAGGCCCCUAUGGCAAUUGUGAUUCCUGUAAGGGGGUCUUUGCUAAUAAAGGGACUACGUGUUGAUGACCUUUCCUGGCAAGAUUUCCUUGGAAGGGUUAAUUAUACCGAGGCUGAAAAUUACACUGCUGUUAACCAACCUGCCUAUGCAUUCACCAAUAUUCUAUUUUCAUCAGGGACCACAGGGGAGCCCAAAGCAAUUCCAUGGACACAUAUAACACCCAUAAAGGCAGCUGCCGAUGGAUGGUGUCACAUGGAUAUUCGUAAAGGAGAUUUUGUUGCUUGGCCAACGAAUCUUGGUUGGACGAUGGGCCCUUGGCUUGUUUAUGCCUCCUUGCUGAAUGGAGCUUCCAUGGCUCUGUAUAAUGGCUCCCCAAAUAGUUCAGGCUUUGCGAAGUUUGUACAGGAUGCUAAGGUAACAAUGCUUGGACUGGUACCCAGCAUCGUUCGUACUUGGAAGAAUACGGACUGUACAGCUAGACUAGACUGGUCCUCCAUCCGGUAAUUUUUUAAUUGCUCAACUAUCCAGACCUUUUGUCUUAACUUUGCAAGGCACAGAGAUUGGUGGUGGAUUUGUUACUUGAUCGAUCCUACUGCGUUCAUGUACUGCUUGCAAAUUCUGACACUUCAUAUCUGGAUUCCAUGGAUAUCGUCAAGACCUUUUUGAUCUCUUUUGACUGCAUGACCACAGAAAUCAGGAACCUCAUAGUAUUUCAAUUAAAAUUAGCUUAUACUUGUUUAUGCGUUCAACUAUUGUAUAUUUAGCUUAAUCAUGGAGCAAUGGUGGUAUCUAUUCUAUAGUGUUGUUGCUGCUUAUUUUGAUCUUUAUUACAACAAAAGCAAACUUGUGAACUUUAUGUAUUAAUGCAGUAUAAUUGUUAUUGUCA